CGACACGUGUAUUCAACAUGGCGGCGUUCCAGGGCUUAUCUCAAAUAGGAAAAAUUUCUCUAGUUAUAAUUGCGAUUUUUCUAUCUAACUUGUAUAUAGCUACAGCGUCCACUAUAAGAGGAGUGGCACUUACUAGUAAGUAGAUCACGGCCCAAUAUGAAUUUAUUUGCUAAUUUGCGUCGUUUAAUUAAGGAAAGAUAACGUCGUGAACUGAAGUCACUAGAAGAAAAAAGUAACUUAAGACUAAAUCUCGCAUUUAAUAUCUUUGCACACAUUUUUUAAUACGAAAGUUGCCAAAAAAAAUUGCUACAGCAAGCGCCUGAUUUGAUUUAAUGGCAGCGUUAUCGCACGUUAGAUUUUUAAAACAUAGAAUUUGUCGAGUUGGCGAUGCGCCAUGAAAUUGAACAAGGUCAAUUAUGCCGGCCUCAGUUUUUUUUAAUUUUAAUUAAUGGCGCCAUCCGCUGUAGUCAUUUAUUUUUUAUAAGAUAUGUAUCCUUGGAUGCUUAAAUCGUAUCAUUCUUGACACCAAAUGACAAAUUAUCUUAACCCUUUAACUCCCAAGAGUGACCAAGACAGAAUUUUCCCUUCCAAUAUCAAGCACGCAAAUGAAGAAAUUUUAAAAAAAUGUACCGAUUCUUAGUUGAUCCAACACCAAAUUCUCCAAACUAAGAUCAUAAGUAUUGUAUGGCAGACAGUAAGGAGAAUUGCUAAUGAGAUCUUGGGAGAGAAACAGUCAUUGAAGUCCUUUGAUGAAUUUCUUUGUUGGCUGUUCUUGACCUCCAGAUCAUUGAUAGUGUUCUGAUUUCUCACCACUUGUCUGCCUGUCAUUGCAUUACAACUGUAAGGAUGAUUUAUUUAUGGAUUGCUUCUGGGUGGUGGAGUGUUCGCUUGUGAGCAUUGUAGUCUGAUGCUACAUUGAGUAAGACUAGUAUAUGCUUGUAAAAUGGGUUGGGGUUAGUCAUUGUGGUUAAUAACACUUCAAAAGAGAAACAAAAUCAUUUAUCUCAUGAUGUGGUCACUUCGGAUGUGGAUUGCUACUGAAGUAGAAUAUGCUUUUCAGUCAAAGAGAACAAGAAGAUACAGUGUAACUGUAUUUGUCUUUUCAAGUUCUUAUGAAUAAAAAAAAAAGGGAGAAGUAUUUAAGAUACACCCCUGAAGCUAAAUUUUUAGUUUGAAAUGCAACAUCUUUAAAGUGUUAAGGUAUUUUUUAGACUUCUAAAAUGAUUUUGAUCAAAAGCUCUUCUCUUUUUGUGAUUUCAGGGUUAGCAUUUUAUGAUCCAUCCAGGGACUUCACUUGCUUGGAUAAAUCUGCAACUGUUCCAUUUAAUAGUGUAAAUGAUGAUUUUUGUGACUGUGUUGAUGGCACUGAUGAACCAGGUCUGUGCAAUUGCAACUGUAUAUAGUAAUUCCAUUGUGAGUUGCAAAUGUCCUGUGCACUUAGGGGGUGUAGAAUGAAACAGUAGUGAAAGUGUUUGUCUCUCGCUGCCGUAGCUAUGGCAGGUUUGACUCCCAAACCUAAAUCUGCAUAAACGCACCUAGGUUCAGUUUGUUGUUGCUGCUUGUCCUUACUUUGAUGGUAUUUUUACCUUAAUGUACUUCAAACCAACUUAGAACAAAUGAAUAAAGGGGGUAAAUCUCCAAAGAAACUGUGGUGCUGCAUCAGUGGGGUUACAAUAAGGUAAUUUGUUUUUAUCAACUGAGUUGAUAAAUGUAAAUUGGUCAUCAUAAAGAGUUUCCAAAGCCAAUGUUUCACGCAUUGUGUUAGCCCUUCAUCAGAGCAAAACUCUUCAAGGGUGGUUAAUUUACAUUAUCAACGUAGUUGUUAAAACCAAAUCAACUUAGAACAACACAAUUUGCAUUUCUCUAUAACAAGAAGUAAAAUGAAAGUUACUUACUAAUGGUUUUCAACAAUACUUUUCCCCACAAAUCACUUUGUAGUAACUCUGCUAUUCCAUGCUUUUCAGGAACAUCAGCUUGCACUAAUGGAAAAUUUCACUGUACAAAUGCUGGGUUUAAGCCCUUAAAUAUUCCAUCUUCCAGAGUCAAUGAUGAAAUUUGUGGUAUGUUGCUAUCCUUUUGCUUGAUAAACAAGCACGUCUGUUAGUGUUAUGCCAACAUUUAAUUUAAUAAUGCUCAGCCAUGAAAAUAAUGAAUCUAAGGGGUAAACUUCCAAAUUGUUUUUCAGACUGUUGUGAUGGCAGUGAUGAAUAUGAUGGCACCGUAACCUGUCCAAAUACUUGCAAGUAAGCAUACUUUAAAGACUUCCUUGCUGUUCUUAUGUGUGACCCACAUUUAUAUUAGAAAGGUCCCUAGACUUCAAGAGGUCGAGGUCGAGGUCCGAAGUGGGGUCAUUUUGUGGUAAAUAAAUCUUGAUAAGCUUGUGCUAGCCCACAAGUACAUGUACGCCAUCAUUAUCAGCCAAAUGAAUAAAGGGGGUAAGUUUCUAAAGAAACUGUGGUGCUGCAUGGGUAGGAGAGGUACAAGGUAAUUUGGUGUUAUCGACUUGGUUGAUAGCAUAAAUUGGUCCCUAUAAAGAGUUUCAAAGCUGGUGUUUUGAGCAUUAGCCCUUUGUCAGAGUGAAUGACUAACAAAGUGCUAACGAUCAAACAUCAGCUUUGAAACUCUUUAAGGUGGCCAAUUUACAUUAUCAAUUCAGUCAGUGAUACCAAAAUACGUCUUAAGGCUUUAACCCUUCACACCCUAACAUCAGUAUGCAUAUUCUCCAUACUGUUCUCUAUACAUUUCCUAAGGUACUGAAAAAGAGAAUUUGUUUUUCAAUCAAGAGCUUUUUAUUUAAAGUUGGUAGUCUUUUUCUUUAUUCUCGUGCCCUUGAUGAGUGAUUCAGGGAUGAUGUUAUAAGGUAAAAUAAGUUGCUAGGUCAAAAGGUAGAGCAAAGUGAGCUAGGGAUUGGUCUGUAAGGGAUCUGGCACUAGUAAUGAGGCACCAGAAUCCCUUGCAGACCUCUCUUUAGCUGGCUUUGUCUCAGGCCUUAAACUUUCUUGCAGGCAAAGAAAUGCCCUUGCCACAGUACUAAUAAAAAAAUUAGGGUCUGCGCCCAGACUAAGCUUUUGUAAUGAAGCUUUUGUAAUUAGCUCAUGACAUAACUGAAAGUAUUUUCUGGAAACAAACUUUAUCUACAAGUAGAGAUAAGUUGCACCCUUUCUCUGUGAAUCGCACUCAGUUUGCCAAACACUGACCAUUGCUCACUUGAGCCGAGAGGAGAAAGGAGAGUGAGAAGCCUGUUACCAAUUCAUUCAGUGCUGAAUUUAUUGCCUGGGUGAAAGUUUGCAUGGCUACAUUUUAUAAGCUAAGGAUUCAGAUUUUCUGUCUGUUUGUUUGUCCACAUCAUCUCUUCAAGUCUACAGUCUCUCUAUCUUUCUUUCUGUCAGUCUAGUAAAUAAACAUACUGGCUAGAAAAGUGUGCACACUUGUUGAUAAAAGGCACAUUUAUUUGUGACAUUUUUAGGGAACUUUAUAGAGAAUUGUUCCAGAAACAGCGGGAAGAAGCUGAACUGGCAAAGCAGGUUAGUGGAUCAGAAUCUAGAGGAUCUGAUUUAGCCUUACCUUUUUUAUGUAUAUAUGUAUGAGACUAGCAAUUUUCAUUCAGUUUCCUUCAUGUGAAAGACGAACCCUCUAAAAUCUUCCUUUCUCCCACAUGUAACUUCAGUUGGUAGUGGCAUCCAACUAGCAUCUGGGAGGCACAAGUUGGUAUCCUGUAAAAGCUGAAGAUUUUUCACACUUCUUCUCUUCAAUUGCUUGAAUUGCAGUCCAUCUGCGAGAAUUAUUUCUUUGCUUGAUACACAGUGUUUCCUUUUAAUAUCUGUCAUUUAUGGAGUUUGAUGAUUUUUUUAAGGGGCUGGCUAUUAAACAAGAUUACAGUCAGCAAGGUCAGGGUAAAAAAGAAGAAAGAAAGGUACAGUUGCUUGGUGUCUUAGAAUGCUCUGGUUACUUAAUAUUUUUCUAUUGGAGAAAAUUUACUCACUACAUUUUAUUACACAGCAAAAGCUUGAAGAAUUGAAGAAACAGCUGGAGGAGAAGAAAGCUGUUGUUGAAAACUUGAAAGGUACUGACAUAUUUGAAUAGAUACAUUUGUUGUUUUUUUUGCAAUAGAGAUGAUUUUGUAAAUAUAUUUUUUUUGUGUAAUGGCAGCCAAAAAAGAGGAGGUUGAAGGAGUUGAAAAGGAAGCUAAGGAUAAUCAUGAGAAGGACUGGGAAGGUAAGGGACACUAUAAUGUUCAACUCAUGAGGUGAAUACUGCAAUGGUGUAAAAUUUCUGAUUCAAGAGUAGAAGAUGCAAUAAUCUUGUGAUGCACCAAUAGAUUCGAAGCAGGGGCAUUUUAACACUAUUUUUUGCCCAGUGGUGUGGAAAUUUUAUCAGAACAAUCUUUUAAAGUUCAAAUGCCAGGGGGGUUACCUGGGUGAGCAGGGGAGGGGGGGGGGGUGUUGAAGCUUUUAAUUGAUUGACUCAUAACCUCUUUGUCUGGUGUUUUCUUCAUUUUUAGAAACCAAAGCAAAAAUUGUGGCAGAAAGAGACAGAGCAUCUGCUGAGUCUUCAUUCAAAGCUCUGGAUACAGAUGAGGAUGGACGGUAAUUACCUUAUAUCAUCUCCCAUUUCUUUCCAUUUCCCUUUCUGGAUUUACACAUUUUCCUCUUCUUAACCCUUUCACUCCCAAGAUCUAAUUAGUUUUUCUCCUUACUAUCUGCCAUACAAUUCUUAUGAUGUUAGUUCAGAGAAUUUGGUAUUGGAUCAACUAAUAAUCCCAUGAUUUAUAUUCUUCUCUAUUCUCAUCACUUGCCUGCUUGAUAUUGUAUUGAUAUUGUAAGGAGAAAUUCUGUCUUGGUCACUUGUAGGAGUGAAAGGGUUAAACAGAAGAAAUAAUUCAAUUUUUAAAUUAAAUCAUAGAGGAAUUGUCUUUCUUGUAGUGUGACAGCACAAGAGGUUAUUAAUACUGAUCUUCUGGAUAAAAAAUAUGGUGAAGAAGAGGCCAAGGUAAUGCUUAGUCACUGCAACAUGUUAAAAUCAGAGAAACGUAAUUUAGAUGCUUUGGUACCUUUUCCCCAUCUGUUUAUUUUCAAUUUUAAAUUAAUAGAUUUGUAUAUAUUUUUAGGAGCUGCUAGGAGGAUAUGAGGAGUCAGAUUUUGAAGGCUUUUUCUCUGCAUUGUGGAGCAAUUUCAAAGAAAAAUUUGGUGCCAAGCAGGUAUUAUUAUCAUGAUUUUUUUAAGGCUUGGUCACAAUGACAUUUCGGCAAGUCACACGGAGAAUGUUUGUUUAUGUAACAAAUAUUUCAUCCAAAUCCCAAUCUGAACAGGAAACAAUUUAAAACUGUCCUAAAAUUAAUGAAAGUACUAGUUAAUUUUCACAAUUUGUAAUUUUCAUUUUUGUUUGCUCUGUGAUUUUAGUCCCAGCCACCACCUGCAGAUGAAUCAGUUACAACUGAAGGCGAAGAUAAACCCACAGAAGGUUUGUUUUUAAAUUUGUUCAAUGUGCUUUCUUUUUCUCGUUUUCCCGUGCGUCAGGCGUUUUACUUGCUUCAUUGUACCAGUUCGUCGUGCGCAUUUCACAGCAGCCAAUCAGAACGAAGGAAUAUAUCACAAGGAGCCAACGAGAACACACAGUUAAAGCAAGUAAAUUGCUAAAGCGCGGGAAAGCGCUAAUGACCAUGACGCGGUUGGUUUUAGGUUUGUAUCUGAUUGGUUCAGAGGGUGGUGCGAGUUUUCUGAGCCAAUCACAGAGACAGUCCAGGAUUCAUUUCGAAAUUCUAAAAAUUGCAACGAGACUAAGUCGAAAAGUGCUCUAAACAUUUUCCUAUCCCCAUCAGCAGGUGAUACACCCGAGUCUCCCCCUCUGCCUCCUCCAGCUGACGAAAAUUUUGAUGAUGAAGAUCUUCCAGACGUUCCUGGUGAAGAAGAUGAUGACGAAGACGACGAAGAUGAUGAUAGAGACGAACACGUGGACGAAAUCAAAGAGGAGGCCGAGAAGAAAAUACCUGAACCAAACCCAGAAGGUGCGUUAACCAGUUAAACCUUUAACACCUAAAAGUGAUAGACUUGUAACUUCUCCCGAUAAUAUCCCCACACUGUCCAGCAAACAAGGAAUGAGAAUACUCAAACUUAUCAGGAUGAAGUUGUUAUCUCGAUCUAAUUCUAAUUAGUUACCAAAUUCUGGUAACUAAUUUACUAGGAAAUGUGUAGCCGCUACUGUGGAGGGUUAAGAAUCAGAUCUUGGGAGUUAAAGGGUAUCGGCGCGCCUUUUGGAAAAAUCUCUGUACGAAGGCCGCUAGCCAUGACGCGAGCAAGUUCUUUGACAGUAAGAUUCUGUUCUUUUUCAACUUAUAACUUUGCAGAUAGCAGAGAUGAUGAUUUGAAGAUGCCGGACUAUGACGAGGAAACAAAAGCAAAAAUUUCUGGUAAGUUGAAGGGUUAUUAAUGUUAACACAUUAGUUAGAGUAUUCUUUGGAGGCCAUGUCUAUACUCGGACUCGAUUUUUUCCGAUCUCUCUUGCCCGAUCUUCGUUCCUCCCCGAGAAGAGGCGAGUUUCUUCGGAUAGAGUUCGUGGGCUCAUAUUCAGACCAGUGACUGCUCACAGAGCCGUUAUGAGGACCAUUUUGAUGACGGUUAAAAUCUUUUGCUAUUGUAUCUUUACAAGGUCUGAUUUUUUUCAUGUAAUAUUUUUUCCUUCGUUUUUUGUUUUUUAUUUUUUGCAUAUUUUAGCUGCUGAUGAUGCUAGAAAGGAGUUUAAUGCUGCAGAUACCGCUUCAAAUGACGCAGAAAGAGAAAUCAGGUUUGAGGAUUCUUAAAGAAGCUGUUCGUUCGGUCGCUCUCUUGUUUGUUCGUCUGUUAGUUUUUCGCUUAUUUUGUCAACUUACUCGUACACUUAACAUUCCAUUUAUUCGUCCGUUUGUUCCUCUUUUUUCUCGCCAUCGGUUCUUGAUUUUGCAUUCAUUGAGCUGUUUUAUUUUUUCCUGGAUUUUAGUGACCUUGAGCGAACGUUGAAUCUGAACCUUGGCCAGCAAGAAGAGUUUUCGCCCCUUCAGGGACAAUGUUUUGAAUACACCGACAGAGAGUAAGUGAUACAAUAUAAAACCGAAAAAGUUUCCCUCUCCCUUCCCCCCCCCCCUGGUAUUUAGGGGACCGUGGGUGGUGCAUGGGGGAAUAGGCUGAGCGCAGGAUGUCUGUUUACCGCUCUAGUAUGGAACAGACCAAACCCAAGUCCAAAACUGAAAUGAGGAAAGUGGUCCUUUUAAGAAAUUAUUUUGUUCAUUUGUUUGUUUGUCUGUAUUGUUGUAGUUUUUUUUUUUUUCUUGUAUUUUUGUUUCUGUUUUUGCUUUCCUUUUUUAUGUAUGGUGAGUAGAUAUUUUUGGUCUAAACAUCUUGUUUACGCUUGUGUGUAUUCCCAAUUGUUAGGUAUGUGUACAAACUGUGUCCAUUUGACAGAGCUUCACAGCAGCCCAAAGAUGGAGGCUCAGAAACCUCUCUGGGGUGAGUUUUACUUUUGGGUCAAACCCAGGCAAAACUUUGGCGACAUGAAUGCUCUCAAAACUAGCGUUUCGUGCUUCCCAAAAAACAGAACGUUUAGUUAAAACUUGUCAUUUAUCUAUAGCUACAUGAAAAAUGUAUGAACAACAUGCAGAGUUAGUUCUGAUGGCAGGAAAUAUGAAGUCCAUUUGUGUUUGUACCAUUUCUUACAAGUAUAAUUUGCUAGUUAAAAAGCCUGAUUACGCGGAGAAAAUGUAUCUUCAUGGCUUUGUAGUCACCCCCUUGUUGUCGCUUAUUGUUAAAGGAAAAAGAACGCGCAGGGCCAUCUUUGAAGCCGUAUGAAUAACUUGGAACUGAGUUACCUCGAAUGUUAAAAUCGCGGAUUUGGUAACCUUGUAAUUUUGAGGUGAAUCUUUUGUAGAACAUGGGGUGAAUGGACAGGUGACCCCAAUAAGUACAGCCGUAUGAAAUAUUCAGGAGGACAGAGCUGUUGGAACGGACCUAGCAGAUCAGCUGAGGUGAGUAAAGAUUAGCUUUGACCGUCACGUUCAAAGUUUAGUCUUAGACGCUCAGUGAGUUUCUAGAACCUAAGCCAAGUAGCCAAAAUGACCAAUCAGAGCACAUGAAGAUACCCCAAGGAGCCAAUGGGAACUCAAGUUAGGACGAAUAAACUGUCAAAAGCGCGGGAAAACGCGAGUAACCAAUCGUACUUUUAGUUUUGCAUCUGAGUGGUUGAGCAAGUGGCGUGAGUUUUUUUUUUUUUUAUAAUCAAUCGCAGUGCGUAGUGAAAGUAAAGCAAUACAAUCUUGGAUUUCAUACUCAAAGAAAUUCCUCAAAUGUUUUCUUUUGUCUGUGGCAUCAUCGUUUACUAGUCUUCCAAAAGCAUGUGUUAGCCAUCGAAGAUUUUUGCGAAAUAGUCCAUUCGAAAAUCUAGCCAAAUGGAACAAGAAAAAGUAAAUGACGUUUUCCGAGGAUAUCCCUUCACUCAUACGGUUUCAACGAAACUCGAACUCCUAACCUGCAAAAACCGAGAGCAAAGUUAACUUCCAUAUGACACAAGGUCCGAUAUGUAACAAUUUUAGAGAGAAAAUUUUCCUUUUCUUUGCAGGUAAUCCUUCGUUGUGGCUCAGCAAACGAGGUGGUUCAAGUAUCAGAGCCCAGCAGAUGUGAAUACCGCAUGGAAUUUAAAACUCCUGCAGCAUGUCAGGAUAUUGACCUAGAGGGCGCACAUUUACAUGAACAUGGCGGGGAACUGUAAUCUGAAAGGACAUAUUUGUACAGAAUUUUCUACUUGGAGAAAAAACAAAUAUUUGUUAUUAAUGAUACCGUAAAGUCUAAAACCUCUGAGUUUUU